UCCCGCCCGCGAGGUGCACGACGGGAAGAAUCCAAGAUGGCUGACAUCGAGGGAAAUCUGAAAACCAUUUCCAAGGCUAUCCAGACCACCCAGCGGCUCCGUGGCAGCGUGGGCAGGGUCUUCUCACAGCUCCGGGAUGGCAUGGAAGGCGGGGAGACCGUCGCCGAACGGUCUAAGGCCUUCCUGGAUCAGCUGAGAGAGAAUCUGUUGGCAGUGAACAAGGAAUAUGAUGAGUUAGAGAAGCUGAGUGGUGCAGUGACGAAGCAGAGUGACCAGUUACCCACAGGCAGCAGUGGCCUGCUGAGUCUGGACCCUGUACAGGACAAGACUCCCCUGUACGGGCAACUCCUGCAGUCCUACAAGUGGUCCAACAAGGUGCAUGAACAUGCAGGUUAUACAGCACAGUUGUUGAACCAGAACUCACUGAAGCGCUCCUCCAUGAUGACUGGACUGUCCACCAAACGGCGCAAGCCUCAGUCUACCAGCCACUCCCUCCCUGGACAGUACGUGGAUGCUGUGGUUGCCAACCUACAACGACACUUUCCCAACAUGAACAUCACCAUGACCAGACCAUUCGGGCAGUCUGCAGUAUUACAGAUUGGAUUGGGGCGGACGUUACAAGCCAUUGUUGUCCUGAGGGGGCUGCUGAUAGACCGAGUAGUGGUGAAAGGGUUUCAGGAAAAUGUUACUCAGGAGGACGGCAAGCUGGAUAUUUGGUCAAAGAGCCAGUUCAGAGUGUUUGAAAAGAUCUCUGAUCAUGCUACAGCUGCCACCUUACACUACCAGCACCCCAUCCAUCCAGACUUGGCACUACAGACGUUUCUGACAUGGUUAAACAGCUACACGACACUGUUCACAGCCACCUGCAACAGGUGUGGAAGACACCUGCAGGACGGACUGCCCCCCACCUGGAGAGACUUCAGAACCACAGAUCCCUACCACGAGAACUGUAGACAGUAGUUGUCAAAAGACAAAGUCCAAGGCCAAGGGGUUUCUGUGUGUGGUGUAGUCUUCCAAUGGAAAACUAUUUUGCCUUACUAUUAACCUCUGUUGAUAUUUAUUUACACCUAGUGUGCUCUCAUGAAGAUUAGCUAAUUCCAUUAUUGUAUGGCUUCAGGGAAUCACCCAGAUUAAUAUCUGUCAUAUUCUACUGAAAUAACUUCCCUGUCUUAAAAUCAUAAACGAGUGAUGAGAGGCACUGAAUGGUUGGCUGGAAUGUCUGACCGUUUCCAAACUCAUAUCCAGUUGCAUGAGUAACUGCUUUUUGGCAUAUCUUGUUAUCUCAAUGUCUAACCUUCAUCAACGUUUUCUAUUGUAAGUUUCAAAACCACGAGCACACUUUAACCAACACAUGCGCUGGCAGAACAGUGCUUGGAGGGUCAAUACACACCAGGACGGGUUUAAAGUAUUUUGGUGGACUUGCCAGAGAAAUGUUCUGGACUACACAAAACAAAAUCGUGCAAAAAUGCUGACAAAAAAAGAGACAUGUAACCCCUUAUUGUGUGUAUUGUUUAAUUGAUAGUUGUUUAAGAGUUCUAACUAAGGCAUUGAAACAACUAUAUUAGUACAGUUAUGAUAGUCUAGAUAAAGAGAUGACAAAGCAUGUUUGAAGAGAGAAGAUACAUAGCAGACAAAAUGUGAAAGAUAAAACAACAUAAUGAACGUUUCAAUCAAAUAGCAUUUGACCCCAGCCCAACAAAGGUGCAAAAAAAGCCAUGAGCAUGAAUUCAAGCACGCUUACCUCCCAGCAAUGCCUUUGCACCUUUAGUCUCCAGAGAUUUCUGUAUCAUUUACUUCACCAGUUAAUCGUGGCAAAUGGUAAAUCAACCCUUUGGAUGCUAUCCCAACCUUUCGAUAAGAAUGGUAUGUAGACAAGCUGUAGGAUGUAUCAGGACGACUACAUUCUUUGUGCAUACAAAAUGAUGUACAUGUAAUCACCUAGAGAGAUACAAUGGCAGUAAAUAUAUCAACCCGUUCCUUGUUAUAAGAGAACGCCUCGAACUAAUAAAUGAUGCAAUCUUCCUGUAGCUAUAGGUCAGUGUGCCCAUCAUCUUAAAUAACGUCCUCUACAGUCCGGUUAAUGGCAUUGUUACGACGUGUUGUAAAGAUUUUAUGUACGUCCUGGAAGUAUCUGCGGUAGGUCAGAUGUUUGUCUGAGGUCUGUUGCUUCGUUAAAGGAGUCUCAUGUCUGUUGUAGAGGUGUAAAACCAAUUUUCGGCCAUCCCAUAUAGAACAAUAGCUAAAGACAUAUGCCCGACCUCUUGGCUAUUUUUAGCACUGCAGAUUAUGAGCUUGGCAAAUAAAGCAGUGACAGUU